AUGGCUCCUAUCAAGAAUGGCCGUCACCUCUUCAACGAAGUACCUGUUGGUUACCCUGUCCCCGGAAAGACGACUGUGUACGAUGAAAGCGAAACUAUCGAUCUCGAAACGGUACCACUAAAUGGGGGGAUCUUGAUCAAAGCACUCUCCUUUUCCAUCGACCCGUACAUGAGGGGUAAGAUGAGGGCACCGACAAAGAAAUCCUAUUCACCCCCAUAUGCCAUUGGUGAACCAUUGAACAACCACGCUGUCGGGGUCGUUCUUCGAUCCGAGAAUCCGUCGUUCAAAGCAGGAGAUCAUGUUUGGGCGUUCUUGCCAUUCCAGGAAUAUGUCGUCCAAACCAAUGUAGCACACGUUAAGCUGCUUGAGAACAAGGAGAACAUUCCAUGGUCGAACUACGUUGGAGCUGCAGGAAUGCCAGGGCAGACAGCUUAUCUCGGCUGGAAAAUAUUCUCCAAGGCCAAAAAGGGUGAAACCGUCUUUGUGACCACCGGUGCUGGUCCUGUUGGAUCCAUCGUUGCUCAGCUCGCUAAGCUAGGCGGCCUCAAGGUCAUCGCAUCCGCCGGCAGUGAUGAGAAAGUAGAGUUCAUGAAGAAAAUCGGAGUAGACGUCGCUUUCAAUUACAAGACUACAGACACGGUGAAAGUACUGGAGGAACAUGGCCCCAUCGACAUAUACUGGGAUAAUGUUGGAGGCGCAACUUUGGAAGCAGCGCUCGAUGCGGCCAACCCUUACGCCAGGUUUAUCGAAUGUGGUAUGAUCUCCCAGUACAACCAGACAUCGCCCUACGGAGUCAAGAACCUGAUGAACAUCGUCGGGAAAAGGCUGUCAAUAAAUGGCUUCAUCGUGUCCGACCACAUGACGCCCGAGAACGCGAAGGAUUUCUACGAUACUAUCCCGGCCAUGAUCGCGAAGGGUGAACUAGUUUUCUUGGAAGACAAGAAAUAUGGCCUUGAUAAGGUCGGCGAGGCAAUCCUGGACGUACAGAGUGGCAAAAACCAUGGGAAGAGCGUCAUCGUUGUUGCAGAAGAGUAG